AUGUGUCUCCAGGAACGUCCCCCCGCCUACAAAGACCGUGAGGUCUCCCUUCAGGAAUUGGAGCUCCAGCUCCUCGCUCUGUUGCCCCGGCGCCAGCGCCAAGCGGAGCUCCAAUACUGGAACCUCGUCGGCAACAUCGCCGACCUCGACAGGGAACUGUACCUGGACGAGUACGACGAGGAGUACUACGAGGAGUACGACGAAGAGUAUGAAGAGGAGGAUUACGACGAGUACUAUGGAGAGUAUCAGGGGGAGGGGUACCAGGAGGAGUUCGAGGAGGAGAAUGAGAAGAAUGAGGAGAACGGCGAGGAGGAAUAUAUCCCACCUCCCGCCGCCACCGCCACCACCCCCAACGACCACUUCUCCCUUCCCCUUCCCCCAUUUCUCGCCCCCGACAAUGAUGAAGAAGACCGCCAGCCCGACGAGGAGACCCGGGAGUUGGAAGAGCGGCUCCGCUUGGUUCGCGAGCGCCGUGCGGCCCUAGACCGCGAGAUGGAGGAGCUCAAUCGUCUGAUGGAGGGGCACAACGUGGAGUAG